CUUGAUACAUUACUGUAUCUGCUUUGUACGAUGUCUACACUGUCCUUUCAGAAUAUAGAGCUACUGGAAUACUACUGUAAAAUUUAUUUGAAGGAUUGAAUUAUCAUGUCUUUCCGCCUGAAUUAAACAGUGUUGCUUAUAAUCAUAUUUUGAUAGAUUGAACAUGUCUUGCCGUCUGAAUGUUAUGGUGUUGGUCAUAAUCGUACUUUAUGGAGAUGCAUGUUGCAGCACAUGUUUCUUUGGAAUUUGUUCAUGGACGGAAUGGAAAACAGUGUCAACUAAUUGCGGACCUUCAUACUGUUGUCAACAAAGAGCGAGACAAAUAUGUUGUUUAGAUAUUGGAUGGAGUCAUGAGACGUGUAGUCGGUAUUGUCCGGGAUCACCAGAUGGUUCUCAGUCAGGGACUGGAGAUUCCAGUAAAUUGACAUGUAAUCACUGCAGUAAUGGCGAGUCUCUUCAAUAUUACGGACGGGCAUGUGACUGCCUGCCAGGAUACUACGGAACAUGUUGCCAAUAUGGUGUUUAAUUUCGACGAAACUGGCUGGUCAGGAAAAGAAUGUGCAAGAGAAAAGGUAAUUGGUCCAAAGUCUUGUCACAUAUAUCAACAACACUUUAUGAGCAACGACCAUGUGACUGCGCAUCUAUGCGUAUCUGCUGACGGGACUUUCAUCUCAACUAUGAUUAUAUAUAAGGGAUGUAUGCAGCACCUCAAUUACAAAGAAGGUUUGCCAGGUUAUUGGCUUUUCAGCGCUUCUGACAGUGGACAUAUGGACACCAGCAUAUUUCUUCAAUGGUUCAUUAAAGCCUUCUUACCCAAUUGUGGGAAAUACAGGCCAGUAGUCCUACUUAUGGACAAUCAUGAAUCACAUAUAUACUUGCCUCUAGUAGAAAUUGCCAGGAAGGAAAAUGUGAUACUUGUUGGGCUACCAUCCCAUACAACGCAUUACUUACAGCCCUUGGAUGUAAAAAUAAUAGGGCCAUUAAAUGAUAAGGUGACCAGACUUGCCUUGAGUGUUGGUCUUGUGCGACCUGGCUGUAAUAUAGGCAAGUCUCGGUUACCUAUAUUGCUGAGCUAUGCAAUUGACCAGACUGCGCCGAGCUCUGUCAAGGAGGCAUUCAGAUUGGCUCGUAUAAUGCCAGUCAAUCCUGAAGUAAUCGACGCCAGACAGCUUUUUCCACCAACCUUCCAUAUAGAGGAACGUGGAACAAACGAGGCCAUUGCAGAUAUCAUAUUUUAUCUAUUCUACAAUCUUUCAAAUUUACGAGUAAAAUAUCAAAUGAAACGAUAAUACAGUUGACUCUCGGUAACUCGAAAUCCAAGGGACUAGGUAUUUUACUUCGAGAGAAACGGAAUUCGAGUAACGUUGAACUACCGCCAUUACGUUGACUUCGUACAUGUAUAUACAUGUACCUGAUUGAAUGUGCAAAGAAGUAGCUUUCUUAUUGUUGUUAGCGGCAAUGCUGCAAUAUUUAACCAUUGAAAUGACGGUAAAUCACUUUCAACUACAAAUUAUAAAUGAACAAAAAUAUAUCAUUCAAAAUUUAAUACAUGUAUAUUAAUAGUGAAUCAUAAACACACAAUUAUAUUUGAUUUAAUUGAUCAUCGGACGAAAACGAAAUUAGCAACUAUCGUGAACCGGAAGUACAAAUUAAUGUAUGCAAUAUGACGGAACAUUAAUUAUACAAAUAUCAUUUACGUUGAUAAUACACAUCAAUACCUAGGCUGUUAUUUGACAAGGCUGUUAUUUGACUAACACCCGUCAGACUGGCACGAGUCAACUUUUUUAAAGAAAUGAAUUAAAUCUUAAUUAAGUUAUCAACUGUUAAAACCAAUUAAGUCGUGAAACGGAUUAAAGACACUUUUACGACGUGUAAAUAAUACAUGAUGACCGGCAAUUAAAAAUUACAUUGAAACGUGUAAAUCACGAGUGACAAAUCACGAGUGACAACAUCUCACCUUGAUGUCGCCGACUUUUGAUCAGUCGGCUGUUUUCACACUUCGACUAAUUGAGAUGAAAAUAUGUGGACUUUAAUUGACGGGACCAAAUUUUCUUUUCGACUAAACAGGAGUCUCGGUAAGUCAAAAUUUGACCUAAGCGGAGUUAAAAUACAAAGAUAAAGAAGGAAAUUUGACGGGACUUUAGAAAUUAUUCGACUAAGGCGGAAUUUUGAGUAAAACGAUUUUGACUUAUUGAGAGUCAACU